UUCACAACUAACAUUUCCGUGCAUUUUGGCCGAAAGAUUUGGGCAAAGCGGCCUUCGAUUUCAGUUGUACCUUGCGCUUAUUCUUAAAUCUCAUCUUUCUCUCAAUUUAUACAGUCGCAAUGGGUCUUCGGAAAUGGGUGAACCGUCCAAUGAGGGGCUAUCACAUGGGUGUGGAAGAUCUGACCAGAGGAGAUGAAGGGAUUCCAGUGUCAAAACGACGAAAAUGGGCCCUCCAAACUAUUGAUGCCGCCCCGUUUCAAGUCUGGGUCGUCGUCGUCGCCGGCAUAGGUUUUUUGACAGAUGCAUUUGAUAUCUUCGCGUUGAACGUGGUCACUCCCAUGAUCGGCUACGUCUAUUGGCCAGACAACAAGGAUCAUGAUGGAGUUCCUACUGUCCCGGAAAGCAUUGCAACCAGUAUGCUAUGCGCCACACUUGCCGGAACCAUGUUUGGCCAGAUCGCAUUUGGAUUUGCGGCAGAUAUACUUGGUCGUCGGAAAAUGUACGGGCUUGAACUUCUCAUCGUCAUCGUUGCUACCAUCCUCAUGGUCAUGAGCUCCAAUGGAGAAAAGAAUAGUAUGGCUAUUGGUGGCUGGCUAAUCACAUGGCGUGCAGUAAUGGGAUUAGGAAUAGGGGCAGAUUAUCCUCUAUCGGCGGUAAUUACGAGUGAAUUUGCUCCACGGAAGUAUCGGGCCCGGAUGUUGUCCUGGGUGUUUUUUGCGCAACCUGUCGGACAGCUCCUGGCCAACGUCCUGUCUCUUGCGGCUGUAUCUGGUUUCCAUUCCCAGAUUACCAACACCGAAUUAUCCUGUGGGGACGAUUUCAAAUGCUACAGAGCCGUUGAUCGACUUUGGAGGCUUGUCGUUGGAAUCGGAGCCGUUCCCGCGAUCAUCGCGCUUGCAUUUCGGUUCACCAUACCGGAGAGUCCCAGAUACAAGCUUGAUGUUCUCCGGAAUGUUAACACGGUCUUUGAAGACACCAAAGACUAUUUUGGAGCUCCAGAACUUAACCCCGAAGGUGGUGAAAUGGACACGCUGACAGAAGUACGAGACAGCAGGUCUCCAGCAACACGAGGAGAGAAUAGCGGCAGGCUGUCCAGCAGCUCCUCUGAUAUCGGCGCAGAUGAAGUUAUUGAUGACGACAGUGAAGAUGACCAGCCUCAAAAUGAAGAAGAACAGCAUCGCCCGGCUGCUCCAUCUGUUCAACUUCCCCCUGGAGAUCCAAACUUCGUCCCACCACUAGCAUCGCGCAAGGACGCCAAGAAAUUCUUCCUCGAGGAAGGAAACUGGCGCUAUCUGCUCGGAACGUCCUUAAGUUGGCUAUUCCUCGACUUCGCCUUCUAUGGAUUAGGCCUUUCAUCUCCAACCAUUGUCCGUCACAUCUGGCAGGAUCCAAAGGCCGGGAGAGACCACGUAUAUUCCUCUUUGAAAGGCAACAGUCUCCACACCCUCGUCAUGGUCUCUAUUGGCGCUAUCAUUGGUGGAGCUGUUAUGAUUAAGGUGAUCAAGUACGCCUCGCCGAAAGUUAUCCAAUUCUGGGGUUUCCUGGUCCUUUUCGCUCUCUUCAUCGUGACCGGUAGUGCAUGGACAAAGUUACUCGAAUCCAGUCGAUCGGGACUUAUUGUUCUCUACGUACUGUGCCAGAUUGCGUUCAAUCUUGGACCGAAUGUGACUACAUUCAUUAUUCCGGCCGAAAUCUUCCCCACAAGAUAUCGCUGUACAAGUCACGGCAUCGCUGCCGCAUCGGGCAAGCUUGGUUCAUGGCUUGCGCAGAUAUUCCUCGCCUUCGCAUUCAACUCGGAUACCCAGAAGGAGCAGUUUGGUUCGGAAAGAGAUAAUUUUGGCCACGUGCUUCAAGUCAUGAGCGCCUUCAUGAUCGCCGGUGCGAUCACAACAUACUUUUUGGUUCCAGAAACCAGAGAUCACGAUAAUAAAAGUCGUACGCUCGAGGUUCUCGCGUGUGGGCGCAAAGUGUUGAAAGAGUUGAAUCAGCAAAGGCAAAGCGAAGACGAGUGAUGGCGUACGAGAUCUUAUACCAGAAUGUGCG